AUGGCGGGAGGGGUGGAUGCUUUUGCGCUGCUGGUUGAGGAACUCAAGAGCGAAGAUGUCAUUGAUCAAGUCAACGCUGCGAAAAGAGUCAACACUAUUGCUCUGGCCAUGGGACCGGAUCGUGCAAGAAGCCAGUUGUUACCAUUCCUCAGGCAGUGUGUUGAUGAUUACACCGACGAGAUUCUGCUUGCUAUUGCGGAAUCUGCUGGAACUUUGGUGGCUGCUCUCGGAGGAAACGAGUAUGCCCACACGCUGAUACCUUUGCUGGAAUCACUUGCAGAGAAGGAAGAGACGAUUGUUCGUCAAAAGGCGGUUGAGUCUCUGGUGUUGAUUGGCAAAUCUAUGCCAGCACAGAAUAUUCAGAACGAAUUCAAGGAAUUGAUGAAGCGCCUGUCAUCUGGUGACUUCUUUCCCUCGAGAAUUUCUUCCACUGGCUUGUUUGCAACUUUGUAUCCUUCGACUCCUGCAGCUAUGCGACCUGCCCUCAGGAAGCAGUAUGAAGCAUUGGCCAAGGAUGAGAUGCCAAUGGUUCGAAGCGCAGCAUUCCAGCACAUGCCGAAAUUUGUUGCUGUCCUUGAGAAAGAUGUCAUUAUUUCAGAAUAG